GGUAGGGCCACUGCUGCUGCAGCUGGUGUUUUCGAGCUGUCUAGGAAAAUACCAAGCUGUCAGCAACACAGUUAUCUCCGGUUUCAUUUGUGCCUAUAAACGAUUCAUCGCAUAGACUGUAUCCCAAGCUUUUCCUCAGAUGUUAUGGAGCUAAUCAGGGGUAUGUUGCAUACCCCAUGACAUGUGGAUCAAAGCAGAUCAUGCCACCUUGCACACCCCUCAUAAACAACACAGCCUCUUGCGCUGAUCAUGGCUUCCAGCUACCCACCCCCAUUUGAGGGCACAGGUGAAGUGAAGGAGGGCUUUCUUUGCCCACUUUGCCUGAAGGACCUUCAGUCAUUCUAUCAACUCCAGGGCCAUUACGAAGAGGAGCACUCGGGGGAUGAUCGACAUGUUCGAGGGCAGCUCAAAAGUUUGGUUCAGAAGGCAAAGAAAGCUAAAGAUAAGCUCCUGAAGAGGGAUGGGGAUGACAGACCUGAAACUGGAAGCUAUGAGUCCUUUUACUAUGGUGGAGUGGACCCUUACAUGUGGGAGCCCCAGGAACUCGGAGCAACUAGAAGUCACCUGGACGUCUUUAAGAAACACCGGGCAGCCCGGAUAGAUCAUUAUGUCAUUGAGGUCAACAAGCUCAUCAUCAGGCUUGAAAAGUUAACAGCUUUUGACAGAACCAACUCAGAUUCUGCUAAAAUCAGAGCUAUUGAGAAGUCUGUGGUGUCGUGGGUUAAUGACUCAGACGUCCCCUUCUGUCCUGAUUGUGGAAACAAGUUCAACAUUCGUAACAGGCGGCACCAUUGUCGUCUCUGUGGGUCCAUCAUGUGCAGGAGGUGCAUGGAGUUUGUCCCUCUACCUUUGGCCCAGAAACUCAUUAAUGGGACUCGUGAGGCUUUGUGUGUGCCUGGAAGUCCUGGUCAGUCGCAGUCUCCCCCAGCAGGAGGUGGCGGUGGGAUGGGCUCAAGGAGAGGCAGCAUUAGCAGUUUGAGCAGUGUGACCUCCAUGUUGGAGGAAAAGGAUGACGAGAAGAUUCGCUGCUGUCACCACUGUAUGGACACGCUGCUGAAGAGACAGCAGAAGUUAGAGGAGAAGGACCAUGUGCCAGAUAUUGUGAAACUUUACGAGAGGCUGAGGAUGUGCAUGGAGAAGGUGGAAGAAAAAGCUCCCGAGUAUAUACGAAUGGCUGAGUCUCUCAAUGCCGGCGAAAUCACUUAUAAUCUUGACACUGCUGGAGGGCUGAGACUGGAAGUUCAGAAAUACUAUGAACUAAUUGAUGCUCUAAGUAAGAGGAUUUUAACACUAGGACUAAAAGAUGAACCACCACCACAUCCAAAGACUCUCCAACUACAGAGGAUGAUUCGCUACACAGCUACACUAUUUGUCCAGGAGAAGCUGUUGGGGCUUAUGUCUUUACCCACUAGGGAGAAAUAUGAAGAGCUAAAAGAAAAGAGAAAACUAGAACAAGAGAAGAGACUCCAACAAGAGAGACUGGCAGCCCAGGAGUCUCUAAGGAGGAGACAGGAGUCUGAGAAAAACCGUCCACCUGCCAAUGGAGAGCUGUUGCAGGCCCCUAGAGCACCACGAAUGACCAAAGCUGGUGGUUGGUUGCCCUCUGCAGACUCUGUCCAUGCACGCAGUGAGCUGGAAGACCCCCUCCUGCAGCAGAUUGAAAACAUUCAGUCAUUCCUCCGUCAGGCACGAGAAGCCCAGAGAACAGAUGAAGUCGCCAUGUUGGAGGAGAACCUGCGUCAGCUGCAGGAUGAAUAUGAUCAGCAGCAAACCAGUCUAGCCAUUGCACUCUCUCAGAAGCUGGCUCAGGAAGAAAGCUUGCAGCAGGGGGAGCUUCAGCGCCUGGAGGCCCGGGAACGGGAGGAGAGAGUGCAAUGGGGGUCCGGUGUUAGCUCCAUCCAGCCUUCUUUCACAUGGAAGCCAUCUCUGGAUAUCAGUCCAACUGGAGGCUUUCAGGAAGAAGAGGACGUGGAAGAAGAGGUGCUGACUCCAAAAGCAGAGGGGAGUCCAUUGGCUGUAAGGGCAUUUCCUACUUUCACAUCUCAAGAGGAGUCUCCCCCAAGGUUGAGGAGCUUAGGAGGGCAUGUAACCCCCCCUGGUGGUGAAAGUGAAGACCAGAGUAGUACCUCCCUUAACCCUUUUGAAGAAGAGGACUCCACUCCCAUUGAGGAGGAUCCAUCCAACCCGUUCUUUGAGGACAUCAAGAGGGAGCACAAAGAAGUAACCAAUGGGAAGAAAGAAUACAACCCGUUUGAUGAAGAGGAGGAAAAACGGGCUGAGACUGUACCUUGCAACCCCUUUGAAGAAGAAGACACUGAUGCAAGCAACCCUUUCCUGGAGGACACUGGAAACUCACCAGAAGUCUCAACCAACCCCUUUGAUGGGGACGAUGAUGAAGUUUUGCCUGAUGUGGACAUGAUAGAGGAGGAGCUGCUGCUGCAGCAGAUCGACAACAUUAGGGCCUACAUUUUUGACGCAAAGCUCAGCAGCCGUCUCGAUGAGGUUGAGCUCCUGUCAGAGAACCUUAGAGAGCUACAGCACACUCUACAGGAACAGAAGAAGAAGAAGAAGCACUGACAAACGUUCCCCCCUUUAUCACCUGCUAUUUACCAAGCCCUGAAAGGAUCGUUCACUUGACUUGACUAAUGAGCCCAGUAAGGUUAGAUUGGGUGAGGUCUGCUGAACCACAGGCUAAUCCCUCAGUUAAAUAUGUAUUAAAGUCUGGAUUAAGUUUCCAUCUCAUAAAAACAUUGUUCUUAACCACUUAUCUCGUAUCAGGUUGCAUAAGUCUGGACUCCAUCCCAGCAUGCACAAUUUUUAAGCACUUAUAGUAAAAAAUGAUUUGUACAAGCAUGUUAGUUAACACAGAUGUAAUAUGAUAGUGCAAACAUAAACAAGACAGUAGAAUGUCAUUUUAACCAGGGCUGAAUAGUUCCAGUUGAAUCUGGUUGUAAGAGUAAAAACCAAGAGCUCUCCUCCAAUGAAGACAUAACCCUUCUAAAACAAUGUUGGACACGUGAUGGACAGUUUUGAAAAAUGAAGCAUCUAAAUUAGUGCUACUAAAUGGCCCACAGUACAGCUUUGACUCCUGUAUAUACCAGUGACAGAUGUUGACGUUUAAAAUCUGUUCCAUGGUUUAUUGUGUUACUUUAUAAGUGCUUUUAUAACUUCGUAUUUGCAAAAGACUGAACCAUGUAUUGCUGUUCCAACAAGGCCAUGAACAAAACUUGAUCCAAAUUACUAUCUGAUUGAUUCGAGAGUGAGACGUGUUGGCUUUUGAGUCACAACACAUUCACUGAUUGUUGCUGCAGAACUCCCAACCCUGUAGAUUUGUUAGGUUGUAUGAGACAACUCUAGUCAUUUUUGUUUCGCGUCACUCUUGUGCCAAUGCUUUCGAGGUUUAAUCAUACUGCUGAUUACUGCACUUGUGGUACAAUAGCUGCAACAGAAGUUUUUGUUCUAAUAACAGCUGUAUAAAUCUAUUUUUUCCCCCUUGUAAAACAUUUAAAUGUCAAAUCGCUCACUGAUAAUUACAUUUUUUAAUCUGAAGAUUAGAAAGAUUUCUUUCCACAGAAAGCCAAGGAAACAAAUGUUUUCUUAUGUUAAGGUCUUAUUGUUUACAGUGGCACUUGAGCUGCAUGUGUCUUUGUGAUGUUGAGUUAGUGGCUGGACUUGUCUUUCCGCUCUUCUUUUUAUUAUGAGCUUUGACAUACUUGUUUAAUGAAGACACUGGUUCUGUGCUGUCAGCUGAGAUCUGUAUGUGAUGCACAACAUUCAUUCAGCACUCACCGUGUAGUCACUUCACACUAUUUGACACUAUGGGCAACUAUAACUAAGAGUAAGACAUGGAAAGCUGCUGAAAACCUAGCAUGUACAGUAACUCAUAUUUGAGAUUAAAUAGCCCAUCAGAUCAAAGCAACAUUUUAAGCAAUUUUUUUGUCACACAUACCAUGUACUAACACUACAUGCGUGCCAGCGAGUAUUAUUCUCAGUGCUAAGUUAGACCUAACCUGUGUUUAUUAUUGUGCUUCUUGUCCAGUUGUCCAUAUUUGUGUUCAAAAGCAGAGACCCGUUUGUCUGCUUAUCUGUGACAUCUGUAGAAGAUUUAAAAAAAAAAAAAAAAAAAAAGGAUGGCACUACAUGUUGUGACGUGAAUUUCACAAGGAGCUUCUUAAACGUAUUAGCAGUUGAUUUUUGUUUUGCAGGUAAUUUGAGUAACAUGUUUGUGACAUAUAUGAAACUUUAAAAUAACAUUUGACUUAUAAACAUUAGUUUAACUUGAGAAAAUUCAGUUUCUGCACCAAAUAAAAGAAUCUCGGAUAAGUAAA